UUGUGUGUCCACGAAGAAGAGGAGGAGGAGGAAGCGGAUACUCGCUGCAUAGUUCAGGGUGUCCAGUCCAACUGGGACAUUACAGUGUAGCAGUGUCUAACAUGACUAGCGCUGCCUGGUCAGAGAAGAUGGUCAAACUCCUCAGUCGAAUGAAUAACUUUUACUCAGCAGGCUCCUCUCGUGUCAGCUGCUGCAGGUUUGAGAUCGACACAGCGCAGGUCGGUUGGAUUCCUCCUCACGUGGCUGCGCUGUUGACACGGUAUCCAGAUGUGUUCAAUCCGCCACACGGUGGCGCAGUGACGCUCUGUCACAGUCUGGACUCAUACGGGAGGAGAUCAGAGGCUGUGGACGCUGUCCUGCAGUCCCUCAGGCAUGAGGCGUCCCUGAGCUGCCUCAGAGGAUGGAGGGACGAGAAGUAUAGUGUGAUGCCAACAUUUUCAGACCCUCCUCUGAUGUGGAUGGAAAGAGCAGCUACAAGUCUUUUUGGGGUGAAACGGUAUGGAGUCCAUAUCAAUGGUUACACCAUCAGUGACAGUGGGGAAGUCAGUAUGUGGCUGGCUCGACGCUCCAAAACUAAGCAGACAUUCCCUGGACUUCUGGACAAUCUGGCAGCAGGUGGUCUGUCUGCUGGUGUUGGCGUUAAAUAUACUCUGGUGAAAGAAUGUCAGGAGGAAGCAUGUAUCCCAGCAGCCAUUGCUGAUAAGGCACGUCCUGUAACCACAGUAAGCUACACCUAUGAGGAUGAAGAGGGGGUGUUUGCAGAGAGUCAGCUGGUCUAUGAUCUGGUGCUUCCUCGCGAGUUCAAGCCCAGAGUGGGGGAUGGAGAGGUGCAGGAUUUCUACCUCCUGCCCAUUGAUAAGGUGAAAGAACUGCUGGCCACUGAUGACUUCAAACCCAACUCAGCCAUGGUGAUCUUGGACUUCCUCAUUAGACAUUCAUUUAUUGAGCCUGACACAGAGCCAUACUAUCAGGAAUUUGUGGCAGGACUCCAUCGGACACUAUAGAGUGAAGCUGAGGACUGAUGCUAGAUAUAGAUGCUUUCAGACAUGCACUGAACUCUGGAGAUCCUCCAGAGGGGCUGUAUGUGUGAUUGCAAAUGUCCAAGUGAGAGGCUCCAGACUUUUUCCGGAGUUUCUUUGGCCGGCCCCCUAGUAUUAAGUUUGCAGAAAGUCCAGAGGAGCUGAUGUGAGAACACAGCAGGAGAUCCUCCGCAGUAUUCAUCGCAUGCGAGUGGGGGUGUUGAUGUUUCUAACACAGGACAGAAGCAAAGAAAGAAAAAGAAAACAAAUUCAGAUGAAAAAGUGUUGUCACACAUAGAAGACACCGACAGAGACGUCAAGAGAGCUUUUGGUGAUAAUGGCCGACCCCAGUGUCGAUGUGGUGUAAACAAAAACGUGAUCUCUUUAGUGGAAUUUAAACGUUAUAUCCUGCGUCUGCCUGCUGCUCCACCCCUCACCUGAAUCCUCCGUAAGAUUUCUGUGUUGUUGUGAACACGUCUGAGUGAAGAAUCUGCUGCGUGUGAAAAGGCAAAACUCUGCAGAAUGUCUGACCCAAUUCUGUGGACGUCCUCCAGAGGUCAUAUCUUAGAAUUAUUACAUUUAUAUGUAUCUCAGCACAUCGCCUCCCAGAAGCCAAGUUGUGUCCUGUUGCUGUGAGACAAAAUCCAUCUAGAAGUGACUGAGCCUCAGCAGGGAGGUGAGGGGUGGGCUUCAUCUGAUGAAUCUGGGGAUUUAGGACGAGAUGACCCCGUCAUCUGCUAAUUGUAUUCAAGGCAGACAUCAAUCUGUCUAAACCAUAACAAGAAGUGUAAAUAAAUAAGUAGUUCCUCACAAUAAUAUGCUAUUUCAACAUUCUCGAGUAUUUACAAAUGUGAAUUUAAUUAACAUUGUUCUAAUUAGUGACAAGACUCAGUCAACUCACCUCCACAGACACAAGAACACUGCAAGCACAUGACAGUAACUUGUGAAGUGAGGGUACAUAGCUGUUGUGGUAUUGGUGCUGCACUGAUCUCACUGAAACUGGUUGGAAAGGUUAAUGGGUGGAAAUGUCCCUAAUUACGAGAAUGACCUUUGAUCUUUCAGUCAGAACAGGGGAAUCUGAGCCCACAGAAUUCCCACGACACAUCUAAUAGAUUUAAAAAAAGAUUUUGAUGCUGCUUGUAAAACUGAGAAUGUUAACCCAUUCCCACCAACUUCUGCAUAUGAAAUGAAAAAUAAAUUUUCUCUGUUUUAA